AUGGGUAGGAGGGAUGAUGACCGAUGCAUGAAAUGUACUCCUGACUUACACAACUCGAGAUCUGAAUUUGAAUGUUUUCUUCAGUCAGAUAUAAUUACUUGUGCUCAAGAAGUGGAAAUGAUGGUAAAGCAGUUGGGAGCCCAACUGGAGCAAUUAAAAAUGACGGUUAAAUCUAAGAGUGCUGUCCCAACAUCACAAGUCUUUCCCAUCUUCAUUGCACUUUCUAAUCUGUGGACUGGUUUUCAGGACGAAACUGUUUUAAUUAGUGUCCUCACUAAUUUAACUACUCACCUUGCGCCCUUUCUGGGCUCUCAUGAACUACUCUUUCCUGAGAAAGUAUUGCAAGAUCUUCUUGAAGGAGUAACUGUGAAAACUGAUGUGUGUAGAAUGAAAGAACACAUGGAGAAUAGAGUACAACUGGUGGAUUUCAGAAAACUAGAAUGGCUUUUCCCUGAAACAACAGCAAAUUUUGAUAAGUUGUUAAUUCAGUAUCGGGGAUUUUGUGCUUACACGUUUGCUACAACAGAUGGUCUUCUCCUUCCAGGAAAUCCAGCAAUUGGAAUUUUGAAAUAUAAAGAACAGUAUUACACUUUCAAUACGAGAGAUGCUGCAUAUUUAUUUGCAGAAAAUCCUGAAAAGUAUAUUGAUUUAGUUAGAGAAAAGGCGAAAAAAAAUGCAGAAUUGAUUCAGUUACUGGAACUUCAUCAACAGUUUGAAACUCUCAUACCAUAUUCCCAGAUGAAAGAUGUUGACAAACAAUAUAUAAAACCAAUUACAAUGUGUGAAAGUAAUACACAGACGGAUACACACAUAUUGCCACCAACGAUUGUAAGAUCAUAUGAGUGGAAUGAAUGGGAAUUGAGAAGAAAAGCUAUAAAACUGGCCAAUUUGCGUCAGAAAGUGACUCAUUCGGUACAAACUGAUCUUAGUCACAUGAGAAGAGAAAAUUAUUCACAGGUGUACCCAUUAAAGAAUGUUGGUACUCAAUCUAUGAGAGAAGGCAGUACCCGAGUACCCAGACCCCAGAUUUACUUAGCUGGUCUCCGUGGGGGACAGACUAAAACCACCUUCGGGGUCAAGGUGAACUUAACCAGAGCUGUUGAUGAAACCUAGAGACCAUAUGUUAAAAAUAUGAACAAUGGUAAAUAUUGAAAAAAAAAUUUCCAUCCAUGAAAAUAAGUUAAUUUUGUGGGACUGGCACAUUCAUUGAUGUAUGAAUGUUCUUUCGAUUCUCAUUUACAUUCACUGUCAAUCUGCUAUGAAACAUUAAAAGUUGUUUUCUGUAUUGCGUUUCAUUUCAUUAAAAUUGUAAAGUAAGAGUCCAUCAUUUGUUUGUUAAAAAAGUUUGUUAGCAAUAA